ACAAAUACUAAAUUAUCAGAACUCAUGUUUGUAUUGUUUCUUUACUUAACAGUAUAAUAUUGUCUUGUUAUUCUUUUCAGGUGACGAAAUGUUCUCAGAUACGUAUAAAAUGAAGCUCGUAGAUGAAGUCAUGUAUGAAGUCUACGGAAAGCUUGUAACAAGAAAGCAAGGUGACAUUCAGAUUGAUGGGUUCAACCCGUCAGCAGAAGAGGCCUCUGAAGGCACAGAUGAAGCAGUUGAAUCCGGUGUAGAUGUGGUUCUGAACCACAGACUGUGUGAAACCUAUGCCUUUGGAGACAAAAAAUCCUACACAGCGUAUCUGAAGGACUACAUGAAGAAAUUAGUAGAAAAAUUACAAGAAAGCAAUCCUGACCAAGUCGACGUCUUCAAGACGAAUAUGAAUAAAGUAAUGAAGGAUAUAUUGGGAAGGUUUAAGGACCUACAGUUUUUUACAGGGGAGUCUAUGGAUAUUGACGGCAUGGUGGCCUUACUAGAGUAUAGGGACAUCGAUGGAGACAGCGUACCAGUGCUGAUGUUUUUCAAGCACGGCCUCCUCGAGGAGAAAUUUUAACUGGCAGCAAUCCAACGCAUUGGCUGACAUAAAAUAUAAGAAAUCGCUGAAGAUGGAGCUUAAGGACAUCUAUUAAACUUUCCAGAAGACGCCUUGCCUUCGGUUGUGGCAAGGCUCAACUCUAAGCUCCAUCAUCAUUUUUAUAUUUGUUAUUUUUUAAUAUUAUUAAAAUUUGAUGUAUUUAAUUUUUUUUGUAUAUACUUUUUCUACCCUCUAUAUAAAAACUGUACACUUUAAUUUAUUUAUACUAUGGAAGAUGGGGGAAGUUUACUUGUGAAACCAUCGUUUAAGAAGACAGAAUAUUUUGCAAUAAAUAAUUGCUUUGAAA